CGCCGCCCCCCUCCUCUCCCUUCCCCUCCCGCUCCGCUCCCGCUCCUUCCCGGCUCGCAGUCUGCCCAGCGGCUCCGUGGGCGCGGCGGGACGCAGGUACCGAGGUUUCUGAGGUGGAGUGUGCUUGCCCUGGCCGGCGUGUUUCAGUGGGCAGCCAUGGCCCCGCUCAAGGUGCACGGACCUGUCCGGAUGCACAGCAUGCAGACCGGGAUUACAAAGUGGAAAGAAGGAAGCUUUGAAAUUGUGGAGAAGGACAACAAAGUGAGUCUAGUGGUACACUACAAAGUUGGAGGAAUUCCAAAGACAUUUCAGCUAAGCCAUAACAUUAAAACUGUGACCUUACGACCAAAUGGUAGAAAACUGUGUUGCCUGAUGCUAACACUGAAGGACACCAGCUUCCUGACCAUUGAUAAGGUGCCACUCAAAGAUGCCAAUGAAAUGCGGAUGUAUUUGGAUGCAGUCCAUCAAGACAGGGUUCACACUGCUGGGAAACCCUCUCAGGGAUCUGGCAGCUUUGGCGGCGUCCUGGGCAGCAGAACCACACAGAAGGAAGCUAACAGGCAAUUCUCUUACAUAGAGAACCAGACUCCUACCAAAAGAGUGACCAUGGAAAGUAAGGAGGAAAAUGUAUUUCGCAAGGUCCUGACUACCCCAGCAAGAGCAUCUGUGAAGAAUUCUGCUGGAACUGGAACACCCAGCAACAGGGUGAAUGUUUCAGCAUCUCCUGCCUCAUCAGUCCCUCACAGAACAGGCUUGUUGGAGAAUCGUGAAAAGAGGAAAAGAACACAAGCACCUGGUUCAGAAAUGAGUGACGAUUAUCCCAAAGAGAACGAUUCUUCAACGAAUAAUAAAGCCUUGAGUGAUCCAGCAUGGAAGUACUUGAACAGUAGCAGAGAGAAACAGUUGAAUCUGAAGCAGGCAGAAGAAAAUCGGACAUCAGGUAUUUUACCACUGCAGUCAUCAUCCUUUUAUGCUAGUCGAUCCUCAUCAAAAGAGUACUCCACUGGCAAUUCCACCCUGGACAGGUCCAGUGUAUCCAGCCAGACCCCUUCAGCCAAAAGAAGCCUGGGAUUUCUUUCCCAACCUGCCCCUCUUUCUGUUAAAAAAAUGAGAUCUAAUCAGGAUUACACAGGGUGGAACAAACCUCGAGUGCCCCUUUCCACUCAUCCUCAACAGCAGUUACAAGGAUUUUCAAACCUGGGAAACACCUGCUAUAUGAAUGCCAUUCUACAGUCCUUGUUUUCAAUUCAGUCUUUUGCUAAUGAUUUGCUCAAGCAGGGUAUCCCGUGGAAAAAAAUCCCACUCAAUGCACUGAUCAGACGUUUUGCCCAUCUGCUUGCUAAAAAGGAUGUCUGCAGCCCUGAGGUUAAAAAAGAGCUACUCAAGAAGGUGAAAAGUGCCAUUUCAGCCACUGCAGAGAGGUUUUCUGGGUACAUGCAGAAUGAUGCCCAUGAGUUCUUAAGCCAGUGUCUGGAUCAGCUGAAGGAAGACAUGGAAAAGUUAAACAAAACUUGGAAGAGUGAGCCAACCCCUAAUGAGGAUAGCUCACCUGGACGUGCUUCUGAUGACCUCUCAGCCACCAAAGUCUAUACAUGUCCAGUUAUAAGCAACUUAGAGUUUGAGGUUCAGCAUUCUAUCAUUUGCAAAAUGUGUGGUGAAACAGUCACCAAGCGUGAACAGUUUAAUGACCUCUCCAUUGACCUUCCUCGGAGGAAGAAAUUGCUUCCUUCCCGAUCCAUCCAGGAUUCCCUCGACCUCUUCUUCCGGGCAGAGGAGAUUGAGUAUUCCUGUGAGAAGUGCAAUGGAAAGUCUGCUGUUGUCACACACAAGUUCAACAGGCUUCCCAGGGUCCUGAUUCUUCAUCUGAAACGAUACAGCUUCAAUGUAGCAUUGUCUCUCAACCACAAAGUCGGGCAGCAGGUGGUUAUUCCAAGAUACUUGACCCUGCUCUCGCACUGCACGGAGAGCACGAGGCUGCCGCUGACGCUGGGCUGGAGUGUCCAUUCGGCCAUUUCCCGUCCAUUGAAGGCCUCCCAGAUGGUGAAUUCCUGUACUGUAAGCACUUCCACGCCCUGUAGGAAAUACACUUUCAAGUCCAAGAGCUCCACAGCACUCUGUGUGGAUUCUGACAGUGAUGAUGAGCCGCUGAAACGUUCUGUCGCCCAUAGCCAAAGGCUGUGUACCAUACAGAGCAGAGAGCAGCCACAGCUGCAAGAGGAAUCAGAAAAGGGUUCAAAAAGAAGUAAAAUGGAGAGCGAUAAACCUGAGCUGGGUAAUGCAGGUUUUGAUGGCAUGAGUGAAGAUGAACUGCUAGCAGCUGUCUUGGAGAUUAGCAAAAAGGAAGCUUCUCUGUCUCUGAGCCAUGAUGAAGAUAAGCCCACAAGCAGCCCAGACACUGGUUUUGGAGAUGAUGAGAUUCAGGAGUUGCCGGAAAACCUGGAAUCUGUGGAGAUGGACAAGCCCAAAGCAGCGUUAGACUCAGGUGCUCCCACUUUUGCCAAGAUGGCUAAAGAAUUCGAUGAGAAUAAGGAAAACAAAACUCCAGAAGGCUCCCAGGGAGAGGUUGAUUGGCUGCAGCAGUACGAUAUGGAAAGAGAGAGGGAAGAACAAGAACUUCAGCAGGCACUGGCUCAGAGCCUUCAAGAACAAGAGGCACGAGAACAGAAAGAGGAUGACGACCUUAAACGAGCCACGGAGUUAAGCCUACAAGAGUUUAACAGCUCUCUCCUGGACAGCAUUGGUUCUGAUGAAGAUUCUGGGAAUGAGGAUGUUCUUGACAUGGAAUAUUCAGAAGCUGAAGCAGAAGAGCUGAAAAGAAACGCUGAGACAGGAGAGCUCCCUCACUCCUAUCGCCUCAUCAGCAUUGUCAGCCACAUCGGGAGCACAUCAUCCUCAGGUCAUUAUAUCAGUGAUGUUUAUGAUAUCAAGAAGCAGUCCUGGUUCACCUACAAUGACCUGGAAGUGUCUAGAACCCUGGAGGCCACCGUUCAGUGUGACAGAGACCGAAGUGGUUAUAUCUUCUUCUACAUGCACAAGGACAUCUUCGAUGAGUUGCUAGAAACAGAGAAAAGCGCCCAGCCGCUUAGCGUGGAAGUGGGAAGGUCUGUCCGUCAGCCCCUGUGAAGAGGGAAGCACCUUGUUCCUCCUGAGGAGCAAGGAGAACUCACAGCUCGUGCCAGACACGCAGGAGUAACAACCAGCUCAGGGCCAAAACAAGAGACAAAAGGUAGAACUGUGGGAUGCUCAGUUUCUUGAACCAUCCAUGCGAGUCCUGGGCCUGAACCACACGUUUAAAGCUUGACAUCCCAGAGCCAUCCUCCUGUGGUGAAGUUUUAUUGUUCCUCAGUAAACAAUUCUGUCAGCAUGGCGCCUUAAAAAGAGUUGAAUCAAGCCACAAGACUACAGCUGCUCAUAAACUGGUUUCAAACAAAAACAGAAAGUGCAAAAAGAGACUCACCUUUAAAAGCCUACUCACGUGUGAGAUGUGAGUGGCGAAGAUUUACAUAUCACUUGGCUUGUUGGUUUCAUUUGGGUUGGGUUGGGUUGGUUUUUCUUUUUCCUCCAAGAGCUAUUUAAGCAAUAGAUUCUGUAUGCUGGCAUGUGUUGUGUUAGUAAUAUUCACUGGAAACCCAGAUCACUGAGUAUGCUCUUGCUGGUCAACUUGCUAGCAAGCCUUUUGGCAUCACUCAAGCUUGAUGUCCCUGGGUUUGUAAGCGCUCUGCUAUUUCCACGUGGCCCCAGGAAACAAACUGUGGGUGCUGUGGAAUGUAUUGCAUACCUGGUGGCAGCUCUCUUGGUUUUGCUAAACCAUUCACUGUCAUCCUUCUCUAGACGUGAGAUGAUAUCUGUGAGUUCUUUUGUUUUACAGGUUCUAUUAUUUGAUUGCAUUUUCUUCAUGAGGUGAUCGUGUGAGUACCAUGAGGAGAGGAGAAGGGAGGUCCCUCUGGGGCUGUACUGUCAGGAAAGGAGAGGUCCCUCUUGGGCUGUACUGUCAGGAAAGGAGAGGUCCCUCUUGGGCUGUACUGUCAGGAAAGGAGAGAUCCGUCUUGGACUGUACUGUCAGGAGAGGAGAGAUCCCUCUUGGGCUGUACUGUCAGGAGAGGAGAGGUCCCUCCUGGGCUGUACUGUCAGGAGAGGAGAGAUCCCUCUUGGGCUGUACCGUCAGGAGAGGAGAGGUCCCUCCUGGGCUGUACUGUCAGGAGAGGAGAGAUCCCUCUUGGGCUGUACCGUCAGGAGAGGAGAGGUCCCUCUUGGGCUGUGCAGUAUUUCACAUUGAAGUUGUGUUGCUCAGGGCUGCUUUGAUAUGACACUGGGGGCAGGAGAGUGCCUGGAGCAGACCAAGAGGAGUGACAGGUGGUGAACAACAGCUACUUUGCAUCUUCUGGAAGGGAAAGAGCAUUCCAGCCUGGGUCAUCACAGAGUGGGAAUGGUGGGCAACGGGUGUGUUGGGUAGUGCUUGGCAGUCAAGUUGCUCUUUGGUUGAACCAUGGUCUUGCCUUGCUCUUCUCGUGUCCUGAGUGUUCUCUGCAGCUUUGCCUUCGUUCUCCUUCCUGAGGAGAAGCUGUGAAACCAAACCAGGUGGGAAGCUUUUUGAAAGCCCGUGUUGAGCAUGAGCAGGACACAGUUAGGAAGAAGUGUUGCUUCUUACUGGAUGUAGAGGCAUGAUGCUCCUUACAUGGCGUGUCUCAGCAGAGGUAGAAGCACAGUUGCUCUGUUUUUUCAGCUCCUUCACACCGACUUAGCAGGGGCACCUGUUUCCUUUUGCUGGCAUUUACUCAGUUCAGAAUUGUUGCUGUUAAGCACAGUAGCUGCUCUCGUUUUGGCCUCUAUUCUGAUUUUUGCAGCUUAAGUUUUAGAGGCAAAAGACUUCUUUUUAAUUGAAAAAAAAAUAAAGUUAACAAAAGUCUUUUUUUUUUU